AUGGGAAACCGGGCUUCGAGGCUGGGCUGCCUGGGGGAGAAGAAGAGCCACUCAGGGGCCCGGGCCAGGUCCCAAAGGGUCCCCUCCCCGCCUUCAGCGCCCCGGGGCCCCCUCCCACCAAGGAUCAUCUGGGCCUGGUGGGGUCCCCGUGCCAUCCAGGUGACAGAGGUGACAGAGACAGUGGUGACAGAGACAGUGGUGACAGAGGCUAUGGAGGUGGGGUUCUGCUGUCAAGAAGGGCAGCCAGCCCAGGUGUCCCCAGCACCGUUGGACACCCUGCGCAGCUGGCUAGAUGGCAUGGAGGAGCUGCAGGCCUCCCAGGGGCCCCUGGCCGCUGAUGCUACUGUGGCUGCCGCCCAGCUGCGGGAACAGGAGCUGCUCCAGCGCCUGCUGAGGGAGCGAGCACCACAGGUGGAACCAAGGCUUCAGGAGGCAGGGAGCCCAGCAGAGCUGCACACACAAUGGCACUGCCUGGUGCAGCGGGCAGAGGCCAGGUGGGGGCUUCUGGAGCGACUUGUCCCAGCAGCACAGAGUUUUGAAACAGCCUGUGACACUCUCCUAGCCCAGUUGAGCCCGGGUGAGAAGCUCCUGGCUGAGCUGUGGCAGGACCAGCCGGGGCCCGAGGGCCGGGAGGGGGCCGCACAGCGCCUGCAGCAUGUGUGCGAGGCGGCUGCGGCACACGCCAAGGACCUGGACAGGGCUCUGGAGACUGGCCAGAGGCUGGCUGAGCUGCUCACGGAGGACCAAGCUCAGCUGGUGAUACAGCAGCUGGAGCAGCUCCAGGAGCGUGUGAGGCUGACCAUAUCCGGUGUUGCCCGUGCCCAGUGGAAGCUGCUGCAUGCUGUGGGGACAGAGUCUGCUGAGCCCUCACCCCCAGCAAGCCUGGAGACCCAUCUUGACCUGGAAGGACCACCCUCAAAGCAUCCAGGGCUCAAGGACCAGAUGCAGCUGAGUAUCCAGCUGACCCACCUGGCAGAGCGACUUGAGCAGCUAGCACAGAGGGCAGAAGCCCCUGGCCAGGCAGCAGUUCCCACAAUGUCCAUCUGUGAACAGUGCCUCUCACCAGCUGUGCUACGGGCAGAGAUGGAGUCCCUGGGUGGGCACUGGUCUGAGGCUCAGGAGCAGGACAGUAAACUGAAGGCUGUGUGGGAGCCGUCUGCAUGGGGACCAGCAGAAUGGAUCUGGUGUGGCCUGGCAGAGCGCACAGCUCUUGAGGAGGGGCUGCAGCCUGCGGGCAGCCAGAUCCCUGCCUUGCAGGAGUUUCCAUGGGGAAAACAGACCCUGGUGGUCUCUUGGCCGUGGAGGGGCCUAGCCCUGAGAGGAGGGGUCACCUGUGAGGGUACCUGCUACCUGGGCUUGCUGAUGGAGCUGCUGGACUGCCAGGCUGCCAAGGAGAGACUGCACACUCUGGAGGCAAUGCUGAUGCCUGUGGGCCACCUGAUGGAGGAGCUCUUCACACGCUCCAACAGGGCUCUAGCCAAAGGCCUGCACAGUGACUUUGUGGACCAGCACAGGGUUGUGCAGGCCCAGAGCUGGGUGCUGGAGGAGCUGCCUGGGGUCCUGGGGGCUGCUGGGAUGAAACACUGGAUUGGAGCCCCAGGAGAGGCGCUGGCAUUGAGGGGCCCUGACCAGGGGCGGCCCAGGGACCUAGGGAGCAGAGCUCAGGCUUGCCUCUUGGGGCAGUCCCCAGAAGAGAUGAGCUGGAGGCCACAAUGGGCAGAGACCACCUUGGGAAGCAGGAGCUGGAUGAAGUCAGAGCCCAGAGAGAGGAGCCAGGAGGACAAGGACCAAUGCGUGCAGCUGGAGCAGGGCUACCCAGAGCAGAGCCUUACAGCCAGCAUCCUGGCAGCUGGUGAGCAGGGAAGGGAUGGACAAGUCUGGCCUGGCUGCCCCUGGAGGAAAUGUGGGGCCAUCCCCAAGUUCACUACCAAUAACCAGCAGCAGCCAUAUAACAUGGCCAGAGCAGGGGACGUGGAAGGAACGUGGACACAAGUGUCCAGAGGCAGGCCCAAGGUCCAAGGAGCCUCGGUGAGCUACGGGUCCCUGAUGGUGCGUGUUGGAGGUGGCUGGGUGGCGUUGGAUGAGUUUCUGGUCAAGAAUGACCCAGGCAGAGCAAAGGGGAGGACCAGCCAAAAGAUCCACGAGAGGUUCCUGUGCUGGGCAGGGGCUCCCAGUAGGCCAGCCCCUGAGGUCAUCACCCUGAGGCUCUGGGCCUCCAUCCACAUCGCCUCCAGCAGACCCCUGCCCCGAAAGACAGGGCUGCCAUCCACCCAGGUACACAGAGACCCCAGCUCUUACAAGGUCAAGGCCCUGGAGGGGCCCACGGAGGAGAGCCUGUGA